AUGCCGUAUAACAUCGCCAUGGUCAGUGACUUCUUCUUUCCUCAAUCAGGUGGAAUUGAGAGUCACAUUUACCAAUUGUCGUCUAAACUCAUCGAUCGGGGACACAAAGUAAUUGUCAUUACGCAUGCAUACAAAGGGCGGACUGGAGUUCGUUACCUUACCAAUGGACUCAAGAUCUACCACGUCCCGUUCUUCGUCAUCUACCGUGAAACGACAUUUCCUACCGUCUUCUCUUUCUUCCCCAUAUUCCGAAAUAUUGUUAUUCGAGAGAACAUCGACAUUGUUCAUGGCCAUGCCAGCUUGAGUAGCUUUUGUGGAGAAGCUAUCCUACAUGCCCGUACUAUGGGACUGCGGACUGUCUUCACGGACCACUCUCUCUUCGGAUUCGCCGAUGCGGCGUCGAUUCUUACCAACAAAUUGCUCAAAUUUACUUUGAGUGACGUUGAUCACGCCAUCUGCGUGAGCCAUACCUGCAAGGAAAAUACAGUGCUUCGAGCCUCAUUAGAUCCCUUAAUGGUUUCCGUCAUCCCGAAUGCUGUUGUAGCAGAAAACUUCUGCCCCUUAUCACACACUAAUCGUGCUGCUGAUCAAACUCUGAGCUCGCCCACAGACCCUCCUAUGUCUCCUAGAAUAAUUGGUCCAGAUGACCCAAUUACAAUUGUGGUUAUUUCCCGUCUUUUCUACAACAAGGGCACAGAUCUUCUCAUUGCAUCCAUUCCACGGAUUCUCGCCUCUAAUCCAAACACUCGAUUCAUCAUCGCUGGGUCAGGCCCCAAAGCAAUCGACUUGGAACAGAUGCUGGAACGCAACGUGCUUCAAGACAAAGUCGAGCUUCUGGGAUCGGUCCGGCAUGAAGAAGUCCGUGAUGUGAUGGUUCGUGGUGACAUAUACCUCCAUCCUAGUUUGACAGAAGCAUUCGGAACUGUCAUUGUCGAAGCUGCUAGCUGUGGUCUGUACGUUGUGUGCACCCGGGUAGGUGGUAUUCCAGAAGUUCUGCCGCAGCACAUGACUACGUUUGCCAAACCUGAAGAAGACGACAUUGUCCUUGCAACCAGUAAAGCGAUUGCUGCCCUGCGCUCGAAUAAAGUGCGAACGGACCGCUUCCAUGACCAGGUGAAAAUGAUGUAUUCGUGGCGGGAUGUGGCCGCACGCACAGAGCGUGUAUAUGAAGGCAUCAUUGGCGAUAUUAGCCCCGAGGAAUUCUACGGCUACUACCCAGGCCAGGGAUGGGAAGCGAGCGGUGAUCGCGUUCGAAGCUUUGCGCUCAUCGAUCGGCUCAAACGGUACUACGGCUGCGGCGUCUGGGCGGGCAAGUUGUUCUGCCUAUGUGUGGUCAUUGAUUUCCUUAUCUACGUCUUCCUUGAGAUGUGGUUCCCGCGUGCCAACAUAGACAUUGCUCGAAGCUGGCCCAAGAAGCCACCUGCGAGAAAGUCCCUUGAUGGUCGAUGA